CCUCUUAUAUUUCUUUACUCAUUACUAAUUUAAGGACCAACUAAAGAUACAAUGAAUGCUUACACAGACUUUUGGGAGAUGAUAUGGGAAGAAAAAACAGAUAAAAUUAUUAUGUUGACCAAUCUAGAUGAGUCAGGGAAAAUGAAAUGUGAGCAGUAUUGGCCAGAUCAAGGAAAAACAAAGAAUUACCAUGGAUACAAAGUGGUGUGCAUUGCUGAGAAAAUAUUUUCAGAAUUCACUUUAAGGGAGUUUUCUGUUAAUGUACAGGGCUCUGGAUCAAGGCAAGUGACACAAUAUCACUAUACCGCCUGGCCCGACCGAUCUGUUCCAGAUAAUGUUGCCUCUCUGAUAGAGUUUAGGAACAAAGUUGAACAAUCAAAGUCAAAUGAUGUUGGCCCAAUGGUAGUGCAUUGCAGUGCAGGAAUCGGUAGAACUGGAACCUAUAUCGCAUUGGAUACACUCAUACAGGAAGGGAAGAAUGACAAUUAUGUUGACAUUUUUGGUCGUGUGAUGGCGCUACGUGGACAAAGAGGUCAUAUGGUCCAAAACCUGGAACAGUAUAUAUUUCUUCAUCGGUGUCUUCUGUAUGCACUCACAUGCGAUCCCGAUCCACUUCCGGUCACACAUAUUCCUCGCAUCAUGACAGACGAUAAAAUAUCACAUCAAUUUCAGACAUUUAAUAAUGUUGUAAUACCGAAAGAGUUUGAUAAUAAAUCAUCUGCUAACAAGAAAAUAAAGAAGGAAAAUAGACACGGAGCUGAUAUUCCUGGCGAUGAUUACAGAGUGAGACUGACAUCAACAAAGCAUGACUACAUCAAUGCUAUUUAUGUAAAUGGAUACGAAAAUCCAUUCAAAUUUAUUGUUACACAGACGCCAAUGCCGAAUACAGUUGAAGACUUUAUAUCGAUGCUAUAUCAAGAAAAAUGUGCCUGCGUUAUUAAUUUGGACGACGAAAACCUAAAAGAUAAAUCUAUCGGACAUUAUCUACCGCAAGAUGGAAAGGUGUUCAAAGUUGGACAUUUCCAAGUAGCUUGUAAGAGGGUUGACACUACGGAUUAUGGUACAAUACGGCACAUGACAAUAUCACGCACUGGAUUGCACCUGUCUCGAGGAGAGCUGCACUUGAAACAGUACCAGUAUAACGGGUGGAAUAAGACAGAAAAUGUCCCACUUAGAGUUGAACCGUUUUUUAAGCUGGCCAAGGACGUUGAGGAUGAGGUGAAAGGUCAAAGAGAAGAAAGACCAAUCGUAGUUCAUUGCUUGACUGGAGCUGAACGAAGCUGUUUAUUUUGUGCUGUCUCUAUUAUAUCAGAAAAGUGUUUCUUUGAGAAAGAAAUUAGUGUCCUGAAUACCAUUUGUCAACUGCGUUCAAGGAGGAAGUCAGCUUUUACCGACAUUGCACAAUUCAGGUUUUGUUACCAACAUGUAAAAUAUCUUGCUGAGAUUUCCGACAAGAAGAAAUACUAUAAUAUGAACGAGCUGUUGUGAACAAUGGUUGAAGAAAUUCGUCUUUAUGAUCAAUUAAUUACUUGUCCAUUGUCCAUGUUUUACACAAAUAUGACACUUGUUUAAAGGCUGAAAAUGCUAAUACUUUUAUGUUUCAAAAGCUUUUAUUGUGUGUCCUGUUGCAAUCUCUGAAAAGACAUAUUACUCAUUGGCCAUGCAUAAAAGUGAGCCAUAAUGUUUUAGUGUUGUUUUGGUAAAAAAAAACAGUUAAAGUCUUUUGGUAUUUUAUAUAGAUCAAAAUGCAAUUUUGUUUACAUUUUUCUAACCUAUAUUUAAAAAAAAAUAUACCUCAUUGAGCACCGUUUCCUUCAGGUGAUAUGCAUCUUACAUGUUCUUAACUCAAUUUUACAACAUCUUCUAAAAAGAAUACUCAUUGUUUUUAAAUACAAUCAUGUAAAGACACGUUUAUAAAUAUGAUAAAAAUUUACAGUGUACAGUACUGUGAAGUUUUGAAAUAUUGUUAUAACGGUUUUCUAACUGCUUUUUUGUUUAAUUAUCUAAAGUCGCGCGUAUUUGUAAUUUUCGAUGCAUUUAGCGAACAGUAUGCAUUUGUAUGCUUAAAAUAAACAUUUGAUUUUAUUUUACUAUGUUCUAAUCAUAUUUAGUUAUUAAUGAAAAGCAUGAUACUAAUUUUCUUAUUGAAUAUUGUAAAGUAUAUAAUUCAAUGAUAUAAUAUAAGACGGUCACAUUUCAUGCAAGUUAAUUUGUUUUAUUUUUUCUCAAUAUGGUAUGUUUUGAAGGACUAACAUAUAUCAUUAUGAAUCGAGUAAUGGUAUAAAAAAACUGGCAGAACAAUAACUACUAUUUAGCUUUUAUAUCUGCCAUGUGCAAUAAACAUAAAUAUAUGAAUAAUUUAAACAAAUUAUAUUAUGAUUGUGAUAAAAGAAAGUAUUAGUUUUAUGAAAAAAUCAAUAUAUCAAUCAAUAUAUUAAAGAAAUAUGAGUGAAAUAUUAUUCUGUGUGUAAGUCUUUGCUUUAUGGCUUAAUUGAAUUAAGUAUUUAUCAUACUUAUUUUGCUUCUUUCCCUAAAAGUAAGGUUUUUAUAUCCAAAAAGGUAAAUAAGCUAUAAUGUCUUUUAAACUAAAAUUUAUAUAUUUCAUUUUAUCUAAUGAGCGGACUCAAUAAACCGAGUCUGAUAUUAUCAACUUUUUCCUUUUUUUAUAGCUCUCGAGUGUCCUCCUUUAAGAACAGUAUUAUUGCUUAUUAUAAAAUAACAUAGAAAUAAAGUACAGACUUUAAAAGCACGUUUUCUUAACUAGUAGUGCAUGAUUUGAAAAAAAUUAUUAUGUUAUAGCCUUUCCAACCGUGUUUUAAAGAGUAUGCUUUAAUUUGAUAAAUUAUGAUAAUCAAAACAUAUAUAAGUAAAUAUUUACCUUUAUAGAAGAGAUUUAUACACUUGAGCAUUUUAAACUUGAUUCGAAAAGUUAGUGUAAUUUGAAUAGGUUUAUAAACUAAUUCAGGUUGUCCAACUUCAGUUUACAAUAUUCCACCGUCUAUCCAACAUAUGUUUAUUAUCUGUCCAUGAGUUGUAUAAAAUUAAAUAUCUACAAAAACAGUUUACAUAUUUAAUAUAUUAUGGUCUAAAUGAAAGUGGUUUAUAGAUAAUAAUCUUUUCAAACAUGAUCUUCAUCUUUUAAUCUUCCUAUUGGUUAUCAUUAAUAUCCUCAUUCUACAGAUAAGUAAACUAUAGAUAUUUUUCAACAUGAGUAUAGAAAGUAGAGACAUUUUAAUUCAGAUAUAGACUGACUGUUUUGUUUAUACACUAUACUUGUAAACAGUUUUAUUCUACAUGUAAGUUUAUAAAAUAAAGCUUCUUCUGCAUGAGUUGUUCGCAGAUAUAGUUCUAUACUUGAUCUCAAACUAAAUGGCUUUAUUUAUUCAACACAUAAAUUUGAAAAUAAGAUGUUUUCUUUUACAUUCAGCCUGUGGUGUUCAAUAUAAGUUUUUAAUAUGUUACCCUAUAUCUUAUUUUGU